AUGAAUUUGUUAGAGAUUACACCUUGGCUAAAUCCCAUAGACCAAUUAGAAGAAAGACUAAGUGAAAAAGAGAUUCGGGAGACCGCUUUGAACAAGCAACCUCUACAUCCGAACAAACAUGCCUACAUCCAAAGAAGAUCCACGCAUACGGCUUUAGACACAGUCGUAAACCGUAUAGAGCGGGCGAUGGAGAACAAACUCCUCCACCUUAUGAAUCAUAGUAUUAGUCCUAAAAGGUCUUGGGAUUUAAAACCGAAGAUCGCCCUGUGGAUCUACGCGGCAAUGGUCAGCCCGAUGCUGUGCUAUGAAGCUUUAGUUUGGUGGCCCAGAGCCAGACAAAAAACAAGAGCAAUGAAAACCACUCCCAUAGCGGCUCUGGAGACGCUUCUUUGCUUAGCACCUCUUAACCUUUACAUAGAGGAAGCGGCAAUGAGGACGUUUCUAAGACUUCACUCUCUGGGAGUAUGGAACAAGCAAGGCCACAUUACGAAGCACACUCGUAUCUUGAUGGAGGCGUUCAAUAGAAUAGCCUUGUUAAGGAUGGAAGAAAGAGCCGACAUCGAUAUCUAUGUCGAUGGUGCCAAAACAGAUAGCUGUUCAGGAGCCGGUAUCUACUCCGAACAAUUGAACGCACAAAUCUGUGUACCUCCCGGCACCCACACGUCUGUCUUACAAACAGAAGUGAUGGGAAUAAUGCUGGGAGCUAGAAUCGUUGCUGAACGUGAAAUCGGCAACAAAUCAAUAUGCAUACUUAUUGACAGCAAGUCUGCACUACUAGCCCUGAAUAGCUGUAUGAUGAAUAGUGUAGAACUUUGUCGGAUCAAAGGACACAGUGGCAACGAAGGAAACGAAAGGGCAGAUGAGAUGGCGAAGCGAGCCCAAUAUACCCAUAGACGCCAUGAGCAAAUAUGGACGACGUUGAGCAGCUGUUGGCAGAGUAGAGCUUGUAUAGCGACACCAGACCGAUUCCUUACGGGAGAUUACCAGUUCGACAAACAACUACAUACUGUAGGAAUGGUAACAGACCCAAUCUGUCGUGGAUGCAAUGAAGAAGAGGAAACAGCUGAGCACGUUCGUCGUGAGUGUUCAGCCGUAGCCUCCUGCAGGAAAUGCAAACUAAGGGGACACCUGGCCUGGUAUGGCAAAAAUUAG